AGGUUUAAUUAAAUUUACCUAGGUCUAAAAUAUUCUCCAUGAAUGAGAAAAUUAUUACUGGUAGUAUUUCCUCUAGUUAACUACUACUCCCGCCCUGCAUUUUUAUUUUGCUCCCUCCCCGUCCCCGCCGCCGGCGCCACCGUAAUCCUCCAUUGCCCCGACUCGUCGACUCCUUCUAUUUCUCGAUAACACUUUCUCUAUCCUAAAACAACCCUUAAAACCCUGAUUAAACCUCAAUAACAUCAAUUAAAGUAGUAAAUUUGUUGUUAAAGAAGCAUGGGUCGUUCAAAAACACCUUCGAAGAAACCGCAACCUCGUGGUGUUGAUUUCAAGAAAUUUAAGAAGAAGUUGGGCAGGAAGUUGCCGCCGGCUCAUAAUGUUACCAAUACUGAAAUUAAAACCAAAGCUAUAAUUCUUCCGGAGCAAAGUGUGGCAUUGGAUAAAGAGGGUGUUGCUGUGAGCAAGAAAGGCCUUACAUUAAAGGAGCUGUUGCAACAAACAUCUCAUCAUAAUGUCAAAGUUCGUAGAGAUGCAUUGGUAGGUAUCAAGGAUUUAUUGCUUAAAUUCCCAGCCGAGGUGAAAUUGCACAAGAAUGCUGUUAUUGAGAAAUUGCGUGAACGUAUCAGCGAUGACGAUAAAGUAGUUCGUGAAACUCUGUUUCAACUAUUUAAGUCCAUUAUCCUUCCAGGAUGCAAGGAGGACAUUAAGGGGGCUCCUAUAUCUCUUAUUAUGGCGUAUAUAUUCAAAGCAAUGACAAAUUUAGCAAUUGAUGUUCGCUUUAUGGCUUUCAAAUUCUUUGAUCUUGUAGUUCAGACUCAUCCUCCAGCCUUUUCUACGUAUGCUGAAAAGGCUCUGGAAAAUUAUACAGAUCUACUACAGAAGAACCAAUUUUUUUCGGAGGAGAAAAGCAAACUCAAGUUUGCUCUUUCUUCCCUGGUGCGUUGCUUGUCAUUGUUGCCAUCAAAUGGAAAAGAAAUUCAUUCUUCUGGACAGACAAAUGCUGAAAAAGAAGUGUUGCAUGCUUUUGAGAGAGACAUGCCUAAUGAUUCUACUGGCCAUAUUUUGAUCGUUGGCAAAUUGAAGGAUCUUGUGCCAGUUCUCGUCAACUGCUUCUAUGGCUUAAUGUCAGAGGCCUACUCUCAACCUCAACUUGAUUCACAUUCUUUUGACUGCAUGCAAUCUACACUUCAUAGCAUAGAUCUAAUUGUCCGUUACAAGGUGUAUGGAAUCAGCAAGUAUCAACAAGAUGUACAUACUUCUAUGUCCUCUAAUCCAAGCACAGAGAUCCAUGCACAGGAUGAGAAGUUCCCUUUACUUCUGUUGGAUAAGUUGUUUGCUGUUUUCCCCAUGCAACCAACUCGUGCUGUUUCUGAGGAGGAUGAUCACUAUGAUCGCAGAUAUUACAUAUUAAAUGCUGUAAUAUCCCGAAUAUUCUUUACUUUCAACCAAUACAUCUCCCCGCUUCCUGUUUUGUGCGAAAGGUUCUUGAGCUUCUUAAAAGACUGGCUUUUUGAGUUGUAUAGAAGUAACGUUUCCGAUAAAGCAUUUUAUGACAAGCAACUGCCUUCUCUGGUUCCUUUUAUUCCAUACCUUGUAUCAACUGUAGAUGACCAAGAUCAUCACCUUCUAAAGGCUUUUACUACAGCAUUUGGGAAUUGCAGUCCUGAAUCAUCAUUAAAAAUGGCUUGCCUGGAAGCUGUUGAAGAGAUGCUUGUUCUUAAACAAGAAAUCCUAUUUUCAGAUGCCGCUGAUAAAGAAAUACUGGACUGUCAGAAGACUUGGAUACACGAGAUUGGGCUGCUUCUGAAUUCAAUUAGCAAUAAAAGGCCAUCAAGCUUCCGUGCAGUGUUGCAUCUUUUGCUUCGCCUAGGACAAAUUGGACUGUCAAACAGCGAUCUUGCAGUGGAAUAUGACAAACUACAGGAUGAAUUGCAAAAGUAUUACUGCAUAAAAUCAGAGAAUGGUCAUAUAUCUUAUGGUCCUUUUAUGGAACUUUCCAAAGAAUCUCAAGAACUUUCCAUUUGCUGUCUCUAUUACUUUUCUUGUCUGAAAGGACAAUUACUUGCCUCACUGGCAUUAUGCUGCUUAUCUCAUUCCUUGGAGCCCUCUGUCUUAUUUCGGAUCAUAGAAGUCCUACAUUCAUCUUAUAACGCUGGUCACAUCCAUGUUGUUGACUACAUCAGUUUCUUGGUCACUUUACUUUCACAAUAUGAAAUAUCUGAGAAAACCUGUAGCACAAUAUUGAAGGAGGCUAAUCUAGCAACUUUUAGAUCUGUCACUGGACGUGUCUGCUGUUUCCUAAGUCAGAUGGGAGAUCCAUCACUGCUUUUUCAGAUAUUAGAGGAUGUUGUUCUUGACCAUAUAUCACAGAAAUUACCUAUUCAUAACACUUGUGCAUUAAUGGGGAUGCUUAUAACUGUGGACUCCAGACCGACAAGACUUUCAGAGAAAAGCAUCAUUAAACUUGGUGAUAUUAUGUUGAGUUACAUGAUUGAUGUUGCACUUUUGUUUCCGGUACCCGAGGAGGAGCAAAAGGCAUCCAGUAACUUCUAUGCAUGGCACGAUUAUCUCCUUCCUUGCUUUUUUCUGCUGGAUAGAAGCUCCACAUUUUGUAAACUUCUACUUGAUAGAAUGGUAUCUUUGGUUGGUGAAUCUGGUGAAUUACCUUUCUUGAGAGACACUCAGCUUACACGAGAUCAUCCUAGAAAAAUAAGAGCUCUUGUUUCCAUUUUUAUAAUGAUGUCCAUGGAUAGCAAAAUGCGAACAGUUCUUUUUACAUGCCAGACAGAAAUUGAUAACAUUUUUCAGAGCAUACUCUUACUACAGCAGUCCUCCAUGAUGAGCAGCAUGAACAUUGAACAGCAGCAUCAGGUACAAAGUUCUGUAGAGAGGUUGAAGAAAAAAAUUAGUGAGAUGUUCAGCAUGACAUCCUGAUUUUAAAUGCACUUUCAAGUCAAGUAGUACAACAGACUUGAUCUUCAAUCCCGGUGUCAUGUGCAGGGAUUAUCAUUGUGAAAAUGGUGGAUAUAUAUCACGAAAUACACCAAAUUUGAAUAUAUACUUCUCCAGGCUACCAGAGUUGUCGUAGCUGCAAUUCAAAUGACGGGAGCACUGUUGGGGCUAAGUCGUUACUCACACAAUUUUGUUAGGUAUAUGCUAAACUUGUCUCUAUAGUUUAGACUUGGGUUUAUGUUCACUGUGGAGCAUACAUGACUUCUUAUAUGCAGAUGUUUGGAAAUUUUCAUUAAUAUUAGUGCUGUAAACUUUACUGUAAUAUGAUUGUGCCCUUCUGAAAUUCUUAUCCGGUAACUACGAAGCUGAUUCCUGCUUAGUUUAUCUGAUCAUAUAAAUAUAUGAAGUGUAUUUUACUCCGUUCCCA